CGAGCUGAUCACACCCACAGUUGAACUGCGCUGGCCAGAGAUGCCUGCCCACAGCCUGGCGAUGAGCAGCCCGGCCCUCCCGGCCUUCCUGCUUUGCAGCACGCUGCUGGUCAUCAAGAUGUAUGUGGUGGCCAUCAUCACGGGCCAAGUGAGGCUGCGGAAGAAGGCCUUUGCCAACCCCGAGGAUGCCCUGAGACAUGGAGGCCUCCAGUAUUGCCGGAGCGACCCCGACGUAGAGCGCUGUCGCAGGGCCCACCAGAACGACAUGGAGACCAUCUACCCCUUCCUUUUCCUGGGCUUCGUCUACACCUUUCUGGGUCCUAACCUUUUUGUCGCCUGGAUGCAUUUCCUGGUCUUCCUCCUGGGCCGCGUGGUGCACACUGUGGCCUACCUGGGAAAGCUGCGGGCACCCAUCCGCUCCGUGACCUACACCCUGGCCCAGCUCCCCUGCGCCUCCAUGGCACUGCAGAUCCUCUGGGAAGCGGCCCGCCACCUGUGACCAGCAGCAGAUGCCUCCUUGGCCACCAGACCAUAGGCCAAGAACUGCUGUGGCUGCACCUGGGGACUUGUUCCUUCCAGAUUGUGGUGGGCCCUGAGUCCUGGUUUCCUGGCAGCCUGCUGCAUGCGGGGGGGUCUCUGGGCCCAGUGGGCCUGUGUGUGAGUGCGCAUAUGCGUGUGUAUGUGUGUCUGUGUGUGUGUUUCUUAGCCCCUUGGAUUCUUGCAUGAAGUGCUGAUGGAAACCAUUCCAGGACAGAUUGUGAAGAUUGAUAGAAAAUCCUUCGGCUAAAA